AUGCCCAAAGAAAAACCCAAAGAAAAGCUCCUCGGCAGAUUCAGGCGUCGAGUUUCAAGCAUAGUCAACCUCGGCCACAACGACGACGACGACCGUGACCGAAACAAUAAAGAUGCUGGACGCGCAGUCUCAGGCGACCGGGAAAGAGAGAAUCGGCGGCGAGGAAGAAGUUAUACCGAUGAUGAUGUGUAUGGAGAUGGGAGUACGGAGAGAAGGAGAGACGGUGAAAGACGACGGAAUAGUACUGUGGGGCGGGAGAGGAGGAGGAGACCUCAAGACCACCGCUCCAACACAGACCCCACAAACGACCGCAACUUCCCCUGGUCGCUCACCGAAAAAGAUCUCGAACGCAUACGCAGCGAGGAAAAGUAUGGCCCGGAUGAGUAUAUCCCCCCUGUCCCUCCCAUCCCGGAGAAAUACAGGAAAGAACUUCCUAAGAAGCCGACAGGGGAGAAACAGAAUCAAGGUCCUAGGAAAGAGGGGAGGGAAGUGCAACUUCCCGUACGGCUGAAACAGCAGAUUGAGAGGAAACAGCUGCCGGUGCAGAAGGAUGGUGGGGAGCAGGUUAAACGGAAAGCGGUGCAGGAGAAGGGGAGGGAGACGAGUGAGGAGAGGGCGAGGAGGGAGAAGGUAGAUGCGAUUUCAAGGAUUGCGAGGGAGGAAGCGGAGAGGAAAGCGCAGGAGGAGAGGGCGAGAGUGGCGAAACUUGAAAGACAGCGGAGAGAAAGGGAUAGGGAGAGAGCGGAGGAGGAGGAACGGAGAGGGAAAGCUGAGGCUCUGCGAAGAGAAGCGGACAGUAGAGCGCAAGAGGAACGAGCAGAAAAAGAACGAAGGGCAGAGCGUGAAAGACAGCGUCAAGCUCGUGAAGAAGAAGCACGGGAACAAGAACGGAGGGAACGCGCCGAAGCUGUAACUCGAGAAGCUGAACGUAAAGCACAAGCUGAGAAAGAGUCGAAAGAGAGAGCAGCAGCCAAAAAACGGGAAGCAGAGCGGAAAGCCCGCGAAGAAGAAGAGCGUAAAGCCAAAGCUGCCGCUCAACAGAGAGAACGCGCUGAAGCUAUAACACGCGAAGCAGAGCGGAAAUCCCAGGAGGAGAGAGCAGAGAGAGAACGAAAGGCAGAGCGUGAAAGACAACGCAAAGAGAGAGACAGAGCAGAGGAAGAAGAACGGAGAAAACGCGCAGAAGUUAUAACACGCGAAGCAGAACGUAAAGCGCAAGAAGAGAGAUUGUCAAAAGAAAGAAUGGCGCAGCGUGAACGACAGCGAAAGGCAGAGGAAGCUCACGCCUCUGCGUUACGAAGGGAGCGGGCGGAAGCUAUAGCUAGGGUAGCGAGGGAAGAUGCGGAACGGAAAGCGCAGGAGGAACGGGUUAUUAAGGAAAGGGCGGCGGCGAUAACGAGGGAAGCGGAACGGAAAGCGCAGGAGGAACGGGUGUUGAAGGAGAGGGCUGCUGCGAUAUCGCGAGCUGCGAGGGAGGAUCAGGAGAGGAAAGCUAGAGAGAGGGACGUGAGAGAGCAGAAGGUGCAACAUCCUAAUUCGCCGUAUAAGUUUGGGGAUAAUAUGAGGACUGUUAUGGAUGGGAUUGAUCAGGCGACACCAAGGGGAGGUAGGCUGGGUGGGGAGGGAAGGGAAAGGGGUGAUGGAGGGAGAAUGGGGGAUAAUAUGAGGACUGUUUUUGAGGGGGGUGUGGUGGGGAAUGGUGAUAAGGAUGAUGGGAAUGGGGGGAAUUGGAUAAGAGGAUAUCCGAAGACGGUAAUGGCGAGAGGGAUGGGGGAUAAUACCAGGACAGUUUUUGAGGGGGGAGAUAAGAAGAGGUGGUUUGAAUAG